ACAAGCACUCCUUCCUCUCUCUACUUCCCUGUUGUCGUGCGGCCUUAACAUGGUGCGCCGCAACGCCGGCGAUGAGGCAACGGCGAGCCGUUCUGUGCCCUCCCCCACGAGCUCGAGGCAACGAAGCUCACACACCCUGCGGAUGCAACACCAAUUUUUUUUGCAAGACGCCGUGCUCCUACUAUGGCUUUGUCUUUUAUUUUAGCCGGUUGCAGCUAUUUUUAUUUCUAUGUUUCAGCUUUUCAUUUUGCUGCUCGCAACAAUUUCAUCCACGAGCACCAAUUCUUGAUUCAAAGGUUCCAACUGUUUUUUCCAGGUAGUAGAUUUUCACGUUGCUGGUUGGAACUUUUGAUUUUGCCGGUUGCAACAAUCCUUUUUUGACAGUAGCAACUUUUUAACUCGUCGGUUGUGGCAUUUUAUUUCGCCGGUACUAGCUUUUCGUCGGAGGACAAAAUCAAUAAUUUUUUUCUUGCUACAACCAUAUACAUUAGAAGUUACAACUACGCACGCUAGAGUUGCAAGCCGUGUGCACUUGAGCUAGAGCCGUUUACAAUUGGAGACGCCAGUCGCCAGUGAGUUGCAAUCGGCGAUAUUGUAUGUUCGAUCGACAACUGUGUGUGCUACAACGGCGACGAGCGGCAUCAAUGGAGCACGGCAGCGGUGUCAUUUGCGAACAAAUCGGCCGUGGACUGCACGGGCCGAGGCACGUCCCUGUUCUUUUUUGCCUGGAUUUUAUUUUUUUUGCUGUGUUGCAUCCUAAUCUGACAGCUGCUGCAGGGUGAAUCGGAGGGCUGCACGUCGGCAGGUCGAAAUUUGGACCGGCCGGCCGGCGCCUAGGCCCCUCUGUUCCAGUUGAUAGAGAAGCGAGGCACAGAAGUCACCUACGCAAGCGGUCCGACCUCUUAAUUUCUAGGCGGCAGCGGACGGAAGAACGCGAGGAACGGGACGCCCCGACGCCGAACGCCUACGCACCCACAUCGGCGCGUAGCCAACCACCUCUGCCUCCUUGACGUCGUGCGUCGUCUUCCUCUCUUCAAUGACACUGCCCGUAGGUGGUAACUGAGAAGAGCACACCGGUGCGAGGGUGUUUGAGUUUAAAGCCGACCCCUGCCCUGCCCUGCCCCGCCCCGUAACGCAUGCAUUGCUCGCCGGAGCUGCAAUGUGGCAGCCUCGCCUCGUUCUCCGCGCGACACGGCAGCAGCAUGCGCCUUGGCAUGGCACCGUGGACGUCCGUCCAGGCAAGCGCAGCCCAGCCCGCGGUCGCCUAUAAAUGCAGGUGCCCAGGCCACAAGCCGCUUCCAUCUAUCACAGCGCGCGCGCACACUGAGCAAGUGAGUAAGUAAAUUGAGUGUAGCAGAUUGGACAAUGGGAGGGCGCAGCAAGAAGCGUGGUGGGGCGAAGGGGCGCGGCCGUGAGGGCGGCGGGGAGAACCCGGCGUCGGGCGGGAACAGCAACAGCGCGCAGCCGAUGGCCAACGUCGAGCCCCUGACGAGGCGGGUGCUGCCGUCGAAUGACAAGACCGCCGAGUCCACGAAGCAGGGCGCGGUCGAGUUGUUUUUCAGCCGCAGGGCGCGCCCUCCUGCGCGGCCGGCGAUGACGGCGGCCGUGUCGCAUGACGCGCCAGUGUUCACCGAAGAGGAGCUGGAGUUCCUCCAGUCGGUUAUUCCUCCGCCGCCGGGCGGAUAUUAGCUGUGCGGCGGGCAAGCUCGUCGGCCACAGUCCCAGGUGCUGCCACCUGCGGGGCAUGGCUAUAAAUGUAGCGUUGUUUUGCCUCAAGAAAAAUCCCGAAGUAUCCAAUAAGGCAAUAAUAUAUUCGGAAAAGAUAACGCCAGAACGUCA